GAGCGGAGCGCAGCGGGCUGACGGCGGAUACAUUCAGUGUUCAGGGGGAGGUUGAUGGAGCCACUUUCUUCUUCAGCACUUCGGCUUGUUUCCGAACCUGACAGAGCUCGCAAUGGCAUUGUUGUUUGUUAAUUAGCCGAGAAAAGUCGCUCAAUUUAACUGGUGAAGAUGUGCUGCUGGUUCCAAAGAAGAUUUUUAUUUUCACACAGUCAACGUGAUAAUUGAAACUGCUGUCAUUGGCACCAUGCACCAAAAAGAGUCAUCAUUUUUUACCUAAUUUGAUGGAUGGACUUGUCAAACAUUAAUUUUUCUUAAACAAAAUAAGUGCGUGUGAAGACAUGGGGGACUCCAACAUCAGCCACAUGGCAGUAGCUUAUACAGAAAUGCAGGAAAGUCUCCCAACAGGCAAGUUGGAUCAUUACAUGGAUAACUAUGAUAUGGACUAUGAUAUCCCUCCUGAUGAGAUUCCAGACACCACGCAGGGCCAGGCGUUCUAUGUGGCCACCAUUGUUAUUGGUGUGGUGCUUGUCUGUAUCAUGCUUGUCUGUGGUUUUGGGAACUUCAUAUUCAUUGCCACGCUGACACGCUACAAAAAGCUCCGCAACCUGACCAACCUACUCAUUGCUAACCUGGCUAUCUCAGACUUCAUUGUGGCAGUGGUUUGCUGCCCGUUCCUGGUGGACUACUAUGUGGUAAAACAGCUUUCCUGGGAUCAUGGAUUGGUGCUGUGCGCCUCUGUCAACUACCUCCGGACUGUGUCACUCUACGUGUCCACAAACGCAUUGCUCGCCAUUGCAGUUGACAGGUACAUGGCUAUAGUCCAUCCUCUGAGGCCUCGUAUGAAGUUCCAAACCGCCUACUGCCUGAUAACAGGAGUCUGGAUUGUACCUAUUCUGAUAUCAAUUCCCUCUGCCUACUUUGCCUCUGAGAUUAGGUACCCUCAUGGUGGCACCACCCCAACCACACACAAAUACUUCUGUGCCCAGAUCUGGCCUGUGGAUCAGCAAGCCUACUACAGAUCCUACUUCUUGUUUGUUUUUGCUGUGGAGUUUGUUGCGCCUGUUAUCAUCAUGGCAAUGUGUUAUGUUCGAAUUUCCUGCGAGCUCUGGUUCAAGAAUGUCCCAGGUUUCCAGACGGAGCAGAUUAGGAAGAGGCUGCGUUGUCGCCGCAAGACAGUGAUGGUCCUGAUUGGGAUUUUGACAGCAUACAUACUUUGCUGGGCACCCUACUAUGGCUUCACCAUCCUACGAGAUUUCCACCCAACACUGAUCUCCCGACAGAGGCACUCUUUGGUGGCCUUCUACAUCAUUGAAUGCAUUGCCAUGAGCAACAGCAUGAUCAAUACCUUUUGUUUUGUUAGCGUCAAGAACAACACAGUUAAGUACCUGAAGAAGAUUGUCCUGCUGCGCUGGAGGUCAUCAUAUGCCCCUAAUAAGACUGUGGAUGAGAUGGAUAUGAGGACAAACUCCUUGCCUGUAACAGAGGAGAUUGAAUGCAUUCACUUGAGGUGAAGAGAAGGGGAUCAUCAUGAACCACAAAGAAACCGUAUAUUGAUUAAUGAGGUAACAUAUCUCAAAGGUUGUUAGUCAGCAGUACAUACAGUACUUCUAUCUGAGGCAUUAAGAGAAUGUAAUUGUUGUGCAUAAUGUGACUAUACACGGUGUUCUUGUGAAAUGUAGCAUGUGUAUAUUAUAUAUUACAUGUAAGACUUUUAAACAGCUGCUACUGACCUUCACUGAUCCAUGAUGUUGACUAUAGUACAUAAGGUUAAUCUUUGUAUUCAUUGUAUCUGUUUGUUCAAAUAGGGCAAAAGGGUGAAAUCAUUUCUGAUAAAGAAAUUCCUUAAUUAACCAUUGCUUGUAUAUUUUCUGUUGUCCUGUUUGCUUCUA